AAAACACUAGCAUCAGCUAUACUUCUUGAGUGGAACAACAAAAACGCUUUUGUCAUUUGUCCCUUCCCUGCUUGUCAAAAGCUCCACACCCAUGGGUCCAACCGGGCCCCCGAAGGUUAUCCAAAUCGCCGACUUUCACAUUGCGACAAAUUGCGACAAAUUGCAACAAGAGUACCAGCUAGUCUGGCCAUUUGAAGCAGGCAGUGUCGCCGAAGAGUUAGACCUGGGAUUCCAAUUGGAUAGAGAUGCUGGUAUUUGGCGGACAAUCGGAGAUAUAGAAGACCCCAGCACAAAUGAGAUUCUCGAAGUAUUAGCGAGAGGAGCAAUACAAGGCCAGACUAGUGAAGAGGAUCUAUCCAUAUCUCUAGACCGCUUGGCGCUUAACGAAGAAGAAUACGCGUGGUUUGUAUGUCACUGUGUCAACGGUGAUAUCAAACAAGCUGCACUUUGCUUGAAGGGCUUAGAUUCGAUUGAGACAUGUCUAAGAAAAAAGAAUUCCGACGGGAAUACUGCGUUGGCUUUAGCCUGCGUGGAAGGACACUACGAUAUGGUCGUAUACCUAGUGGAGCAAGGAUCUCUGAUUAACUCCGUGAACGAUAGAGGAGAGGCUCCGUUGAUUAUAUCACUGGAAUACGGUCGAAUUGAGGUCGCAACUUACUUGAUUCGCCAUGGUGCCUCAAUCUCGAGUCGUGAUGGGUGUGGAGUGUCACGAGAGCAACGAGCAAGAUGUCUGAGGCCCAGGUAGG